CUGGCACUGUGGCGACAGCAGGAGAGGGUGACGCGCGGCGGACGGCUCCGGCAGCGCUGUUCGGACUCACAGGCUGAGCCAGGCGCUAACCCCAGCCCGGCGGGAGACUGGCCCCAGCCCCUUGAGGCAGUAGCAGCAGCGAGUGGGAUGACGGCAGAGGAGAUGAAAACGGACGGGGCUCCCACGGAAGGGGCGGACAUCACCCCUAAGCUAGAUGAGGGCGUCCUCAAGGUUGUGAAGAGAGAAGGCAGUGGGACAGAGUCUCCGAUGAUAGGUGAUAAAGUGACUGUUCAUUACACCGGAUGGCUUCUUGAUGGCACAAAAUUUGACUCCAGCCUGGACAGGCGAGACAAAUUUUCAUUUGUCUUGGGAAAAGGUGAGGUUAUCAAAGCAUGGGACAUUGCUGUGGCGACUAUGAAGGUUGGAGAGAUCUGUCGGAUUACAUGUAAACCAGAAUAUGCCUAUGGCUCAGCUGGAAGCCCCCCAAAAAUACCUGCCAAUGCUACGCUGAUUUUUGAGAUAGAACUUUUUGAGUUCAAGGGAGAGGACCUCACUGAUGAUGAAGAUGGUGGCAUCAUCCGAAGAAUCCGUAAAAAAGGGGAAGGCUACUCCAAGCCCAAUGAGGGUGCACUUGUAGAGAUCCAGUUUGAAGGCCGAUAUGGAGAUCAUGUUUUUGACACGCGGGAAUUGCGAUUUGAGAUUGGAGAAGGUGACAACUAUGAUCUUCCUCAUGGUCUGGAGAAAGCAAUUCAAAAAAUGGAGAAAUCAGAGGAGUCUGUGUUCUAUCUCAAACCCAACUACGGUUUUGGAAGUGCUGGGAAGGAGAAAUUUCAGAUCCCUCCAGGUGCAGAGCUACAAUAUGAAGUGAAACUCAAAAGCUUCGAAAAGGCUAAGGAGUCUUGGGAAAUGAACACAGAUGAGAAGCUGGAACAAAGCUGCAUUGUGAAGGAGAGAGGCACUCAGUACUUCAAGGAGGGGAAAUACAAACAGGCAGCAUUACAGUAUAAGAAGAUUGUGUCAUGGCUGAUGCAUGAAUCGGGACUCUCUGAUGAGGAUGAUGCGAAAGCCAAAAGCUUGAGGCUUGCUGCCCACCUUAAUCUAGCCAUGUGCCAUCUCAAGCUGAAGGAGUUCUCCCAGGCUUUAGAGAACUGUGACAAGGCACUUGAGUUGGAUAGCAACAAUGAAAAAGGCCUUUUCCGGCGUGGAGAAGCACACUUGGCGGUCAAUGAUUUUGAACUGGCCCGAGGGGAUUUCCAGAAAGUGAUACAACUUUAUCCAAGUAACAAAGCUGCCAAAGUGCAACUGGUAACUUGUCAAAAAAAAAUACGGGAGCAGCAUGAGAAAGACAAAAAGAUGUAUGCCAACAUGUUCCAAAGGCUUGCAGACAAAGACUUCAAGUCAUCUUCUACUCUUCAGACCAGCCACCCUGAAGAUGCAGAAAUGAAAGCUGAGCAGAAUGGAGUUGAAGAUAAAUUUGAAGUUGACACAGAAGCAUAAAACCAAACCCUAUUCCAUUUGUUUUGUAAAUGACAGAAUUUCCAGUGAAUUAGACCUUUAUUUUUCUACCUAUUUGGACAGUGGCUUCAGGGGAGCAGAGGCUGAAGUCACCCUGCCACGGUCAGUUACAGCUUUGUGUGUCUGUUGGAGAAGCUGAGUGGCAGCAUAAAUCUGGUUUAAUUCUAGGGACUUUAUUCAUUCAGCCACUUACUGUUUGGGUUCUGUCUGGAUUUACUCUGCUUGGUUUAUUUGCAUUUUGCCAUUGGUGUUUGUCCCUUUCUGGUUUCAGCUUAUUUUAAUCCCAAGUUCUCCUUCCUAAAUUUAUUUCCUUGGUUUCUUUCAAAUAAUCAGCCUUGUCCAGGAGUCCUCACAUGGGACUUGAGAACAAAUUGGCGCUCCCGGUUUUUCUCCCUUGGGAUUGCCCUCUCUUCUACUGUUCAGUAGGGAGUCCCUUUCACUAAGUGUUAUAACCUUUCUUGUAUGCCUCCUCUUGCAAGUUGCUGAAGGUGAAGACUGUGAAGUCACAGCUUAAGUAAUAAAGCUCCAGUUAAACUCAAGAAAA